AAUGAAAAGAAAAAAACGUCAACUUAUUUAUGUUAAUCUUUAAAAUGUCCAGCGUUAUUUCCCUAAACUUAUUAGCACUUGCGGAUUAGCAUUUAUUUUCAUUGAAUAUUGUAAGAAAAAACUUCACGCGACAUAUCGACGUUUUCCCUUUUCUUUGGUUUUGUUAAAUACAUAUUUAAUGAUUUUGAUUUUAUUUUUCAUUUCAAGAAAAGCCACAUGAUAAGUUUAUGUUUAAAUGUUACAUUAAUUUUUAUAUUAUUUUAUAAUGGUAAAUUUAUGUCCUUUUAAUAUUUUAUGUUCAAAAGUUUUUAAGAUACUGUAUCAGCUAAUUCUAUAAAUUUCAGUUAUUCCACUAAUUAACCAAUUUUGUAAUUCAAGAGAAAUCACCAACAAUUAUGCAUGAAAAGCUGCCAAAUUCAAUUUUCUAUUAGAUUCCACUGUUACUAUUUACAUCUUAUAUAAAGUUCUUUCUUUUUUUCGACGACAAGAAAAUUCCACGGUUUCAAGUUUCAACCCCAAAAUUUACAUUUUGACCCUAAAGAAAAGAAAACUCAAAAAAAAAAAAAAAAAAAAAACUCAAAUUAGGAAAUUUUCUCCACUUGUAAAAGCGGUAUCGUAUCUCUUGCCCUUAAAGCAAAGAACUUGUCUCUCCUUCUCCAUUCACUCCUCUUUUGGAACAUCACAAGCACACAACAAAGAUUCUUUUGGAACUCCUCUUGAUCCUCUCUCUGUCUCUGUCUCAAUGAAGAACCAAAAGGAUCAAAACUCAUCAUCAUUUUCCUCUUCAUCACCAUCUCUAACAACAAAGCUUCUCAAUGCUCAAUACCAUCAUUUCCUCAAUCUCCUUUCGUAUUCCCUUAUCCUCUGUUGCGGCAUAAUCUUCGGUAUCCUUCUCCAUUCCUCUCUACAAGACUUCUCUUCCACUUCUUCACUCAGCAUCCAACGCAUCUCUCAGCUCUUCCUCGUCAACUCUCUUCCUCCUCCUCCUCCUCCUCCUUCUCCUCCAUCUGAGCUAGAGCUUGAUGGGCUCGAACGCUUUAUCAAGCCACCAGAGAAGCUUAUGCACGACAUGGAAGACGAAGAGCUUCUAUGGAGAGCUUCUAUGGCACCUAAGAUCAAGAAUUACCCUUUUCCUCGAACACCAAAGGUUGCUUUCAUGUUCAUGACAAAGGGUCAUUUACCUCUAGCUCGUCUGUGGGAGAGAUUCUUUCGAGGGCAUGAACAUCUUUUUACUAUCUACGUUCACUCAUAUCCUUCUUAUAACCAGUCCGAUCCCGAAGAUUCCGUCUUCCAUGGCCGCCACAUUCCAAGCAAGAGAGUGGAUUGGGGAUAUGUGAAUAUGGUGGAAGCAGAACAAAGAUUACUAGCAAAUGCUUUAUUAGACAUAUCAAACGAACGAUUUGUACUUCUCUCCGAAUCAUGCAUCCCUCUUUUCAACUUCACCACUGUUUACUCUUACCUCAUUAACUCAACUCAAACUCACGUUGAGUCCUAUGACCAACUUGGUGGCGUUGGACGUGGCCGAUAUAGCCCUCUAAUGCAGCCACAUGUCCAGCUACACCACUGGCGCAAAGGCUCCCAGUGGUUCGAGGUGGACCGUGACAUGGCUCUUGAGAUCAUCUCCGAUAGAAUAUAUUGGCCUCUCUUUUAUAGUUACUGCCACCACGGUUGCUACGCGGACGAGCACUACAUUCCUACACUACUCAACAUCAAAUCAAGCCUGAACCAUCGCAACUCGAACCGGACUCUCACGUGGGUCGACUGGUCGAAAGGUGGCCCGCACCCGAACCGGUUUAUUAGACACGAGGUGACUGCAGAGUUCAUGGAGAAUCUGAGGAGUGGAGGUGAGUGUCUCUACAAUGGAGAAGAGACGAAUAUUUGUUAUUUAUUUGCUCGUAAGUUCUUGCCUACUGCUCUCGACCGGUUGCUCAGGCUUUCACGUACUGUUUUAUAUUUCUGAUUAUUAUUAUUCUUCUUUCAUUUAUUUUUUUUAUUUUUCAAUUUCACUGUAAUAUUGUAUAUGAGGAGUAUU